GGUUCUGUAGAUGACGUCAUCAGGUGCAAGCUUGCGGGACAAAAAAUGGCGAAUAUUGAGAAAGUGAAAUUCUGGUCGACGUGCCGUGGGGCAAUCAGCGACUGACCGGACCUGAUGUGGGUUUGGCCCGUUAGAGCAGGCCUUUUAGACAAAGGGUGUGGUGAAGAUGUCACUGCUAUGUAUCUGCGUGAGGAAAGCACGCUUGAUGGGAGCUGCAGAAAAAUUCCAAACAUAUGUGACCCUCAAGCUUCAGAAUGCGAAGAGUACCACGAUAGCAGUGAAAGGCAACAGUCCCAGCUGGGAGCAGGACUUCAUAUUUGAAACAGAGAGACUGGACAUGUGUUUGGUGGUGGAGUUGUGGAAUAAGGGGAUGCUAUGGGACUCCCUUCUGGGAACUGUGGUGACUCCACUUCAGAGCAUCCCCCAAUCUUCUGAGGAGAAAGUACAGGAGGAGGGACCAGGAGAUUGGUACAGUUUAGAUGCAGAUGUUCUGAUGAAGAAUGACGUCAUCAGUGGGACCAAAACACCAACUAACCACCAAAUCAUGUUGGAUAUGCGCUUUGAAGUACCUUACAACAUCCCAGAUGAGGAGGCCUUUCUCCUGCAACAGAAGCUUGAGGCUUUCAAUACUCUAACAGAUCAGGAGGUUCCUAAUGUUGAUGAGGAACUCCGGCAAAGAGGGAGACCACCAGGACAGCAAUCUAUGUCUGAUGAUGUAGACAGUGAUUACACAUCAGACGGAAAUGUCCCCUACGACACCCAGCAGAACAACAUCUCCGCCCAUCAGUAUAGAAAUAUGUACCAAGCACAUAGUCCAGAUGGUUUCACAGACCAAAGUCCAGAGAUGUUUCUUCAGGAAGAACGACAACAGAACGUGCAACUUCCAAAUGUAGAAGACUUCCAGCCCGUGGACGAUCUGUACCAUGAUGCUUAUGAUGCCUACAAUUCCUUGGACGGAGAGCCCAAUAACUACAAUUCAGUCAGUACUGGAGUACCCAGGAGUGACAUAGACACAGAAUCUGAAGCUAGCUCUUUCCAUACCGCCGUCAGUCGCUUGCCGCGGGAAGGACACGAGUCUGGCCACGCCCCACGUGCAACCCAGUCCAACAAGACCAUGGGCAGCAGCAGGCAGUCUCUCGUGGGAAGCAGGCAAUCAUUGCUGGAUAGCCCAGUGAAUGGCACAGGUAGCCGAAUCUCUUCAGCCACAGUCAGCAGACAAAGCACAGCGGAAAGCGAGCAGCCUCCGAGUACCGUAUCUCCUCGGGAAAGCGACAAGGAUGGGGCGCUUACGGAGGAGGAGAGCAGCGAGAGCCCCACGCCGGCCAGGCUUCGCUGGCAGAAUGCCAUCGCUAAAGUUCGACUGCAGAUCAGGCAAGAGAAAGAAGCUGAGUCAGGAGGAAGGACCUCCCACUGGUCUGGACUGUUACCUAUGGGAAAUGCAGAGCAUUUCUACAGCAAUAUAGAUGCAAUGCCGGAAAUAAUGAAGAGGAAAAAGUCCAUUCCUUUAGUCAGUGAAUUGGCAAUGUCCCUGGCAGCGAUGAAGCGUCAACAAGGUAUCCACAAUGCCAUGGCAACCAGAUCAUCCCUCAAUGAUGAGGAGCUGAAACAGCACGUGUACAAGAAGACAUUGCAGGCCUUGAUCUACCCCAUCUCCAGCACCACUCCUCACAACUUUGAGAUGUGGACAGCGACGACUCCCACCUACUGCUAUGAAUGUGAGGGUCUCCUUUGGGGGAUCGCCAGGCAAGGGGUCCGCUGUACAGAGUGUGGGGUUAAGUGCCACGAGAAGUGCAAGGACCUUCUGAACGCAGACUGCUUACAACGUGCGGCGGAGAAGGCCAGCUCAAAGCACGGAGCAGAGGACAAAACACAAAACAUCAUCUCAGCCAUGAGAGACAGGAUGAAAAUAAGGGAGAGAAACAAACCUGAGAUUUUUGAGCUGAUCAAGGAAGUUUUUAGUGUAGACAAAACCUCCCAUGCAGGACACAUGAAGGCUGUAAAGCAGAGUGUUCUGGAUGGGACAUCCAAGUGGUCAGCCAAACUAGCAAUAUCAGUGGUGAGUGCCCAGGGCCUGUGUCCAAAAGAUAAGACUGGGACCAGUGAUCCGUAUGUGACAGUGCAAGUUGGCAGAGUCAAGAAGAGAACGAGAACAGUAAUACAGGACCUGAACCCUGUCUGGGACGAGAAGUUUUACUUUGAGUGCCAUAAUUCAUCUGAUAGAAUCAAAGUCCGGGUAUGGGACGAAGACGAUGACUUCAAGUCCAGGUUGAAGCAGAAGCUUAGUAGAGAAUCAGAUGACUUUCUUGGCCAAACUAUUAUAGAAGUUCGAACUCUCAGUGGAGAGAUGGACGUUUGGUACAACUUAGACAAGAGAACAGAUCGAUCUUCAGUAUCAGGAGCAAUCAGGUUACGUAUUAGUGUGGAAAUCAAGGGAGAGGAGAAAGUGGCAUCUUACUAUGCACAGUACACAUGCCUACAUGAGAACCUCUUCCACUAUCUCUGUGAAAAGAAUGGUGGGAUGUACAAGAUACCUGAUGCAAAAGGAGAUGAUGCUUGGAAGAUUUAUUUUGAUGAACCUGCCCAGGAGAUAGUGGACGAGUUCGCCAUGAGAUACGGCAUCGAGUCCAUUUAUCAGGCAAUGACCCAUUUCUCUUGCCUGUGCUCCAAGUACAUGUGCCCCGGUGUGCCAGCACUCAUGAGCACGCUACUUGCCAACAUAAAUGCUUUCUAUGCACACACAUCUGCCUCAACCAAUGUGUCAGCUAGUGACAGGUUUGCUGCCUCCAAUUUUGGGAAAGAGAGAUUUGUAAAGCUUUUGGACCAGUUACACAACUCGCUGAGAAUAGACCUUUCCAUGUACCGGAAUAAUUUUGCAUCUUCAAACCCAGAAAAGUUAGGAGAUUUGAAGUCCACAGUGGACCUGCUCACAAGUAUUACUUUCUUCAGAAUGAAGGUCCAAGAGUUGCAAAGCCCCCCAAGGGCAGGGACGGUAGUGAAAGAGUGUGUGAAAGCCUGCCUGAAGUCAACAUAUCAGUACAUCUUUGACAACUGCUACGAACUCCAUGAGAGAGAAUUUGCUCCAGACAAGGACAAAGACAAAGUUCCGCUGGAGGAGAGAGGUCCGUCGCUGAAAAGCCUGGACUUCUGGACAAAACUCAUCAACCUUGUUGUGUCUGUGAUAGACGAAGACAAGGCCAGCUACACACCAGUGCUCAACCAAUUCCCAUCAGAGUUGAACGUUGGUGAGCUGAGUGCAGCAACUAUGUGGGAGCUGUUCUCUCAGGACAUUAAAUUUGCACUUGAAGAGCACGAUCAGCACAGGUUGUGUCCAGUGACAGACUACAUGAACCUACACUUCAGAGUCAAGUGGCUUUACAUUGAGUAUGUAGCCAAGGUGCCUCCUUACAAGGGAACUGUUCCAGAAUAUCCCAGGUGGUUUGAACCAUUUGUGCUGCUUUGGCUGACAGAGAAUGACAAGGUGUCCCUGGAGUUCCUGCAUGGUGCACUGGACAGGGACAGAAAGGACGGGUUCCAACAAAGCUCGGAGCAUGCAUUGUUUUCCUGCUCCGUUGUGGAUGUGUUCACACAACUGAACCAAAGUUUUGAUAUCAUCAAAAAGCUGGAAUGUCCAGACCCAGAGGUGACCAAGCAUUACAUGAAGAGGUUUGCUGCUACUGUCAACACUGUAUUGCUGGAGUAUGCUAACAUUGUGCAGAAGGAGUUUGACCAGUACUGUGCAGAAGAGAAAAAGGCUUGUGUCCUGAUGAACAACAUUCAGCAGCUCAGAGUCCAGCUGGAGAAAGUCUUUGAGUCCAUGGGAGGUGACAAGCUGGACCCGGAGGCAGGAGAUAUUCUGAAGGAACUCCAGGUGAAGCUCAACAAUGUGCUAGAUGAGCUGAGCCAAGUGUUCGCCAACAGUCUUGAGCCCCAGAUAAAGGAGGCUGUCGUGAGUAUGGGUAAUCAGCUCAGCAAGAUCAAGGGAGCAGGAAACGUUUCCCUCAACCAACCAAGCGCCAGGAACAACGUCGCCCAGGAAGCUGAUGUUGUCAUCAAACCUCUCAUGGACCUGUUGGAUAAAAAUUUGACACUCUUUGCCAAGGUCUGUGAGAAGACAGUUCUGAAGAGAAUCCUGAAAGAGCUAUGGAGGAUCGUCAUGAACACUAUGGAGAAGACUGUCGUUCUUCCACCUCUCACAGACAUUAGUAAAAUUGGGCAAUACCUACACCAGGUUGAAGAGGGUUCACAGUUACUUCUGUCUGCGGCCAAGGAACUUGCUCAUUUCUCGCAGUUCAAGCAGAAAAUUAUUGGAAAGCGAGGAAAAAGGCUUGAUCUAGCACGGUUAAGUCCAGAGCAGCUUAAAUUUGCCACGUUUCUCAUAUUGAGAGACAUGAACCAGGAAGAUGCCAAGAACCUUAGCCCCAGGCAGUGUGCUGUUCUGGACAGUGCUCUGGACACAAUUAAGCAAUAUUUUCACGCCGGAGGAAAUGGCCUUAAGAAGACUUUCCUGGAGAAAUCCCCAGACCUUCAGUCUCUGAAAUACGCACUCUCCCUGUACACCCAGACCACGGACACUCUCAUCAAGACGUUUGUGCAGACACAGACUCAGCAAGACCAGCCAAGUGUAGACGAUCCCCAGGGCGAAGUGUCGAUCCAGGUGGACCUGUUCACCCAUCCAGGAACGGGAGAACACAAAGUCACUGUCAAAGUCGUUGCAGCCAAUGACCUGAAGUGGCAGACAACAGGCAUGUUCAGACCCUUCGUGGAGGUGAAUCUGAUCGGCCCGCACCUGAGUGACAAAAGGCGGAAACACUCCACUAAAUCAAAGAGCAAUAACUGGUCUCCAAAAUAUAACGAGACCUUUCAUUUCAUCCUUGGUAAUGAGGAUGAACCCGAUGCCUUUGAACUCCACAUAUGUGUGAAGGACUACUGCUUUGCCCGUGAGGAUCGUCUGAUUGGCGUCGCUGUCAUGCAGUUGCGCGAUAUUGUUGAAGCUGGCAGCUGUGCGUGCUGGUGCGCCCUGGGAAGGAACGUGCACCUCGACGAAACAGGCUGGACAAUAUUACGCAUCCUAUCACAGAGGUCCAACGACGAGGUGGCAAAGGAGUUUGUCAAGCUCAAAUCCGAGACCAGAUCAGAUAUGGAGCUGGGUUGAGCUUAUGUGCCCAAAGUGGACAUGUCCAACGUCAACAUGCCGAAAGUGGACAUGUCCAAUGUCAACAUGUCAGCCAUCAAUAUGCCAAGUGUCAACGUCCCUGAUGUUAACAUGCCAAAUGUCAGCGUACAGAGCAUUGGUAUGCCAAACGUCAGCAUACCUAAUGUCUCUGUACCGAACGUCACUAAAGCUAAAGCCCAGACAUAAGUCCAACCCAGCAUCCAUACCUCAACCAUCCAUUGCAGAAAUCCCUAUCUACCCUAUCUUAUUGGUUUCUUUGACAUGACAAAGGACAAACAAAAGAACAGAAUUCCAAGUUGUUCCUAAUCAAGAACUGGAAUAAUUCCAGGUGUUUUUCGUUUUUACAAGACAGAAACACCUUGCAAGUUUGAUUUCCAAUAUGACAAGCUAACUCAGCCAUAUUGACUGGAUUACGCUUGUUUGUUGCAACUGUAAUUAUAAGGUACGAUAAUCAUACUAUUACCAAAGUACAUUUGUGCAAUGUAUGGUAUCAUAAAUCAAGAUCAGAUUGGAAUACUACUUAUUUAUUUAAUCCUAACCCUUUAUUUGAAUCAUGGUAUUCAUUCCAGAUUCCAAUCAAUAGUUCUCUUGUUGAUGUACCCUUACCAGAACAAUGCUUUACACUUGCAGUAAUAUGUUGUAUAUUGUACUAUACUCAUAACCUUCCUUCAAUUCGCUCAUUCUGAUAUAAGAGAGGGAUGGUGGGCCUGACAUUGCAGUAUUAGAAGAUCCAUGCCUGUUCAUGUAAUGGAGACCUGAAGUCCAGGUAAACAGCUCAAUUACAAUGUUACAUGGGGCUGCUAGGCACUGAUGCUACUCUGUAUAUCCACUGAACAUUCCAGAAUGUUUGUUGGAUAUACUGGUACACGUGUGGCCAUUUUGGUAGCAUCUAAGGUAGCAUCUGCAAUGCAGGUAAACCUGACUUCUGACCUAUUGGUGGUAACUAGUGUCCGGCAGUGGGCAGUGCUCUAAAUCCUGUACAUGUACAAAAUCAACGUCAACACUACCGGGACAUUUGAGCUGACCAAAGCAGCAUGGUAUGUGAAAACAUAUUGUGUUUCUUACUGAAUUUCUUCCUCAACAAUCUAUGCAGCUGAGUGGAAGUGGCAGUGUUCAUUUUUUAAUGAUUGUUUUAUGAUUACCCAGAUGAUGUGUAUGUGGAAAGAAAAUUGUAGAUUUUUUGUUAUGUCUUUGUUGGUAGUUUUUUGUUAUGUCUUUGUUGGUAGUUUUUGAGGUCCAAGACCAUGUGAGAUUACUUUUCUACUAGACACAGUGGACUGACUGUUUUUACCCAGCUGUAUUCAAGUUAUCAUCAUGUAAAAAUCAAGGGAAACAGCUGAUUGUUUUAACUAAAUCAUCACAAGUGCAACUUUCUCAUUGCCAUGCUUUAAUUGUUGCUAUGUAGGCAGGCCAACUCCUGUUGGUCCUGCACCUGUAUAUGUGUAGACAAAGGUAUGGACUCAGAAGAAUUUGUGGAAAAAGGGCUUGUUGGUAGAAAA